AUGGCGCAACAGGGAUAUGGUCUCGGAUCUGGGCCUUCCCGCGCUGGUCAGUAUGAUGAUCGAGGUGCAGGACAGGCGCGACAAGGGUAUAGCGAUCUGACCUCAGGCGUGUCUCAAUCAGAGACCUUCGGCCGCUACGCUCCCUUGUUGGACGGCUCUUCUUUGCUCCCUUCCUUGACAUCGUCGUAUGAUCACACCAGCACAGGUAGUCGUGCGGAUGCUUCUUCUAAUUCCUUGCUUCAUAGCAUGCACAGCCAGUCCGCUAGUGAUUCGCAAGUUUUGAGCCAGUACGGCGGCGCUCUUUCUCAUCCACAAUUGCACUAUUCGGACGAGGCUCAGUCAUCUUCGCACGCCAGCCAAUCUUCACAACCUUUCCAGGAGCACCAGCAUCAUCAGCAGGGUCAGCACUACCGGUAUCAACAACAUAACUACCAUCCUCAUCACCUUCAUCAUCCAUCGGAACAGCAGCAGUACUCGCUUGGCAUGCAGAUCGGGGGCGACCUGGUCAGCUCUCAACCGAUGGGUAUGCACCAUGCUACGGCGCAGUACGGCUUCCAUCCCCACUCGCCUCGCCAACCUCACUUCUCGCAAGGCUUGUCCGACGCGCAGCGCAAGGAUUCAGGCCGUGCUGAAGCCGCCGAGCCGCACACACCUCGACCUCCGAAUGCCUGGAUUCUGUAUCGCUCAGAAAAGUUCAGGGAGAUUCAGCAGAGCCGCAACGAACGAUCGCGCUCGGGGUCAUCCGAGAAGCCGAAAUCACAAGCUGAGAUCUCCAAGAUGAUCUCACAGAUGUGGCAGAACGAGACGAGCGUCGUCAAGCAGAAGUUCGAGGCGUUGGCUGAUGAGAAGAAGCUCGCCCAUCAAAGGAUGUACCCGACCUAUAGGUAUCGUCCUAAGAAGAAGGGCAAGACGGCCAAGCAAGCUGCAGCCAGCCAGAAUAGCGACCGCAGCCCUUCCGAUGGCCACUCGCCUAGCAAGAAGGAAACUGAUGGCUCCUUCUCGGGCGGAUACCAGGAGCGCUACUCACCCCGGGGAAACGCUUCGUCUGCUUACAUCGCAGAUAGGAAGAGUGGAGCUGAAACGCACCGCCUAACGAACAAUCAGAGUCCUUCGAGCAUGCACAAUCAAGUCGGCAGAGACUUGAUUGCGCGCAAGACCAACUACGGAAACAGAAGGGAACGUGGUGACCUGCAAGCACCCAUCCACUACGGUCGUUCAGUUUCGGGCAGUACCUCUUCGAGCGAGGGUCAUUCCGUCGCUUCGUACAGCAACAACCGUAUGCACCCGUACAGUGAUCGACCUACCUCAUUCAUGAAGCAGGAAAGUCCUCGCCAAUCCAACUUGUUCGACGAUACGCAGUCGAACGCCUCGAGCUCUUAUGCGGGCAGUCACUGGCCUGGCCCUGACGCGAUGGCUGGAGGAUCGUCUAGCAGCACUUAUUUCGAUGGCUCACGAGGGUAUACCAACUUUAACAGCACGCGCAUGCCUGCCCCACAGAUGAUGGGCUCAGGCUCUGCAGGAAGCGCGUCACUCAUCCUCUCACCCAUCUCACCACCUCAACGACAGCUGGUCCCUUCGCAACAACUGCCACAUCCGAUGGACGGCAUGGACGGCAACAGCAUGAAUCUUGCCGAACUCACCAACGCCGGCAGUGCCACAUCUGGCUACGGAAACAAUGGAAGUAGCUUCCGAACAGCGCCUGUAAACACGCAUACCGGUCGAUUUGGACCGUCUCCCAACUUUGGAGACGCAUCAAGGUCCGAGUUGCCAACAGGUCUCGCUGUGCCCGGAAGCAACGAUGGUCUCUCGGACAACUUUGAUCCUCACAGACGCAUGUAG